AUGAGUUCUAAUUUAGUGGCCCCUGAGCCUGAGCAUUGUCCGGGAACGGAAAGUGAUAAAGCUGGCAAAUCUGCUGCGUGUGAAGGAUGUCCCAAUCAGAAAAUUUGCGCCUCAGCCCAACCCAAGGGUCCGGAUCCGGACGUGUCACUGAUUGCCGAAAAACUAUCGAAUGUGAAGAAGAAAAUCCUCGUUCUCUCGGGCAAAGGGGGCGUGGGUAAAUCCACCGUCUCGAGUAUGAUUGCCCGUUGUCUAGCCAUAGACGAGAAUGUUAAUGUGGGCGUACUAGACAUUGAUAUCUGUGGUCCGUCUUUGCCCCGGAUUUUCGGGGUUGAGGGCGAACAAAUCCAUCAAUCCGGAUCCGGAUGGAGCCCUGUCUAUGUCGAAGACAACCUUUGUCUGAUGUCCCCUGGGUUCCUAUUACCCAGUCUGGAUUCAGCCGUGAUCUGGAGAGGUCCCAAGAAGAACGGGUUGAUUAAACAAUUGCUCCGUGACGUGGAUUGGGAUGCCCUGGACUUCUUGAUCAUUGACACUCCCCCGGGGACGAGUGAUGAGCAUUUGUCCAUUGUCCAAUAUCUAUCCGAAGCCGGUCUAGAUGGCGCCGUGAUCGUGACCACGCCUCAAGAGGUGGCGCUUUUGGAUGUCCGCAAAGAGAUCAGUUUCUGUCAAAAGGUGAAUUUGCCAAUCUUGGGCAUCAUCGAGAACAUGAGCAUGUUCGUUUGCCCGAAAUGCGGCCAUGAAUCCGUGAUCUUCCCUGCCACCACGGGUGGGGCGACCAAAUUGAGCGCCGAUUUGAAAAUUCCGCUGUUGGGCCAAGUACCAUUGGACCCCAAGAUUGGCCAAGCUUGCGAUGAAGGCCAGAGCAUAUUCGAGGACGAGCAACUCAAGGGAUCCUCGCUUAUUCAAGCCUAUGAGAAGAUUGUCAACGGUUUGCGGGGCAAUCCAAAAAUCGAGGAGCCAUUGGUGGACAAAUAAUUCGGCGGCCAUUACAACCAAUGCCUUCGUUCAUGUAUUUUAGAGCCAGAAUAUAAAAACUGUCAUGAUUGGAUUAAACGACUAGUCCGAGUGA